AUGUUAGUCCGUCUGCGUCCAUAUGUACAUAUCAUUAUUCUGUGCAUUUGUUGGUACGCUAUCUCAUCAUUCGCAUCUCAGGUAACAAAACAGGUAUUAACGCUAUGUCCUCUACCAUUAUUUCUAGGUGAAUUCCAAUUCAUUUACACUGCAUUAUUGGCGGCAAUCUCCUGUAAUAUAGCUUACUAUUCAUCAAGGUUUUGUGCUUUCUUUCCAAAGGGGACUUUCCCACAAUAUGUUUCGCACGGGUAUGCCAAUAGAAAGAUAAUAACGAGACCAACGAAAAAGAUUUUCAUUACCGUUCUACCUUUAGGAAUCUUUCAAUUUGUUGGUAAAUAUUUUGGACACACUGCCACAUCAAUUGUUCCCGUUUCUACAGUAGCCAGUAUUAAGACUUUAUCACCAAUUUUUAUCCUAAUAUUCCAGAAGCUGUUAGGACUUAAAACCCUGGCGCUGGAUUCAAUAUUAUAUUUUAGUCUGGGAUCUUUAAUUACUGGUGUUUGGAUAAUCGUUAAUGAAGAUAAUAAGGCAACAAAGAAGGGUAAUGAUCUCAUGGUUGCCACUUACUCUACAUAUGGUAUUAUUUGUGCCAUUAUAUCAAUGUUUAUCUUUGUGGGACAAAACAUUUAUGGGAAAAAAGUGUUUACAUAUAAAUCCAAUCCAACUGAUAUAGAUAAUUUAAGAAACUAUGACUCCCAAAAGGCGGAUUCUCCAUUGCCAGUAUAUGCCGAUAAAAAGGAGUAUAAGGAAGAGUAUAGAGAUGACGAACCUGUCACCUAUGAUAAAUUGACUUUAAUGAUAUAUAUUUCUUUGGUUGGCUUUUGUAUGUCCUUUGGCUGGUUUAUUAUGCUUGAAUUGCCGCUUAUAUGGGGGUACAUAUUUAAUGGAACAUCUACUGAACUUAUAAAAUGUAUGCCUUGGAAAUUAUAUUUCUUGAAUGGGACGUUCCAUUUCCUUCAAGCUAUGAUAACGUUUUAUUUAAUGGGUGAGGUAUCAACGUUAACGUAUUCCAUUGCUAAUUUAAUGAAAAGAAUUGCUAUUAUUUCUGUCAGUUGGAUCUUUGUUGGCAGAAUGAUUACUUUCCAUCAGGUUUUUGGCCUAUUAUUAAAUGUGUUUGGUUUAUUCCUUUAUGAGAGAUGUAGUAGCCAAAGGAAGAAAUUCAAAGGACGUAUGGAAUAA